AUGGCAGUCACCGAACUCGCUUUGUUCCAUUUUAAGAAUAACAAGGGCAUCGAAGCUCCAGAGAAUAAAGCAGUAAAGGAAAAAAUUCUCACUGCAAUCAAAGGACAGGCUUCUUACUCCUCAUACCCAGUCCACCUCCUGACCCAAGUCGAAGAUCCAUCUUAUCUGUAUCUCCUAGGUGGUUGGGACUCGGUCGAAACACACGUGGAGAAAUGGAUUCCGUCAAAGACGAACCAUGAUCUUCUAGCAGAACUACAAGAUGGCAUGGAAGUGGUUUGGCUAGAGCAUCUUGAUGUUGCGCCGAUUUCUCAUUCUCCGGGAUCUGUCAACAAUGAAAAUGCAAGCUCAGUCGUGCCACUAUCAGCACCAGUCAUUGCCAUCAGUCGUUGCUUUAUCAAACCUGGCAACAAAGUCGACUUUCAGAGUAUAUACUCUGCGAACCAACAUCAUCUCGAUACAUUUGUGAAGCCGUGGAGUACUAUUGGGGGGUGGAGAUUGGAUCCGGAAACGAGAAACGAAGAUAACAGCGUCAAAGAUGAAUUCGUUCUUUUCAGUGGCUGGCAUUCUGUCGAAGAUCACUCUAAAUUUGCAGAGUCAGAAGGCUUCAAGGAUUUUGGAAAGAUCGAGGAAUUUCUUCUAGGGGCAGAAAUCAAGCAUGCCGUACUGUCGGUGACGUCGUGA